AUGCAGUAUGCAGACUUUGACUCGGACGAAAUGGUCGAAAAAAUUUACUACCCAGAACUGAAGGCCUUGUUGCGGUCACGCUUCAAACCACGCCGCAUCGAGAUACUAGAACACAUCAUCCGCAAACGCCACCCCUCAUACCCCAUCGCUACGGGGAAAGAUUACGACUUUCAGCAGCCGGCCUCGAUCGUCCACAUUAACUAUACGCCGGCAGCCACACUCAGCCUAGCCAAAUCGAAGCUUGGCAUAAAUCCGGAAGAAUUCAGCCAGUUGCGUACAGUAAACAGCGUCUGGAAACCACUCAAAGGACCAUUGAUGGAUUGGCCACUUUCGAUAUGUAAUGCAGAGACGGUUGAUCACAUCAACGACUUGACUCCAUGUGAAAUCGUGGGGAGAGCUGAAUAUACGGAAAAUUUCCAAGUGUAUCACAAUCUAAGUCAAGAGUGGCAUUACUUGAGUGGCCAAUUGCCCUCGGAGCUUAUGGUCUUUCAGCAGUCAGACACUGCCCAGCACGACUUCAAGGGGGUCCCUCAUGCGGGUUUCCGACACCCGGAUACGAGGCAAGAAGACGAUGCACCGGAAAGUAUUGAGGUUCGGUUGUUCAUGUUCUACUAG